CCUUUAUUCGAGUUGGACGUUUAUUGAAAGACAAGUAUAUAUUAUUAUAUAAAUAAUUUCAAAAAUUCAGUUUCUCAGAUCCCGAUUCCUUUCUCUUGAUCAUCAUCAUCAUCUUCUUCCACCAAAUUAAUGGAUAAAUACAAUACUUUAUCAGAUUUUCUCAAGGAGUUCUACAUCCCUACGUACGUCCUGUCGCCGGAGGAGGAGGAGGAGGAGGCUGUUCCUCCACCUGCGAGCCCCGUCCUUGUCUUCAUCAACUCCAAAAGCGGUGGUCAGUUGGGUGGCGAACUCAUUCUCACCUACCGAUCUCUUCUCAAUCACAAUCAGGUCUUUGAUCUCGACCAAGAGACUCCCGAUAAAGUGCUCCGCAGAAUCUAUCUUAACCUCGAGAGGCUCAAAGAUGACGAUUUCGCUCGUCAGAUUCGGGAGAAAUUAAAAAUCAUUGUUGCAGGAGGUGAUGGCACUGCUGGGUGGCUCCUUGGAGUUGUGUGUGACCUUAAAUUAUCACAUCCUCCUCCAAUUGCCACUGUACCUUUGGGUACAGGAAAUAACCUUCCCUUUGCUUUUGGAUGGGGAAAGAAAAAUCCAGGAACAGAUAGGACUGCAGUGGAGUUGUUUUUGGAUCAAGUGUUGAAGGCAAAAGAGAUGAAGAUUGACAAUUGGCACAUACUUAUGAGGAUGAAAACUCCUAAAGAAGGUGGUUCUUGUGAUCCUGUUGCUCCUCUUGAAUUACCACAUUCUCUACAUGCAUUUCACCGUGUUUCUCCAACAGAUGAACUAAACAAGGAAGGCUGCCACACAUUUCGAGGGGGGUUCUGGAAUUACUUUAGCCUCGGAAUGGAUGCUCAGAUUUCUUAUGCGUUUCAUUCUGAGAGGAAGCUUCACCCUGAAAAAUUUAAGAAUCAGCUGGUUAAUCAGAGUACGUAUGUAAAGCUUGGCUGCACGCAAGGAUGGUUUUGUGCCUCUCUUUUCCACCCUGCUUCACGGAAUAUAGCUCAGCUUGCCAAGGUUAAGAUUGCAACUAGAAAUGGCCAGUGGCACGACCUCCACAUACCUCAUAGCAUCAGGUCCAUUGUAUGUCUGAAUCUGCCUAGCUUUUCUGGAGGUUUAAAUCCUUGGGGCACACCAAAUCCCAGGAAACAACGCGAUAGAGGCUUGACUCCCCCGUUUGUAGAUGAUGGCCUCAUUGAGGUUGUUGGGUUUAGAAAUGCUUGGCAUGGUCUUGUUCUGCUCGCUCCAAAUGGACAUGGGACACGACUUGCCCAGGCAAAUCGCAUUCGCUUCGAAUUUCACAAAGGUGCAACUGACCAUACAUUCAUGAGGAUGGAUGGGGAGCCCUGGAAACAGCCACUGCCACUGGAUGAUGAAACUGUGAUGGUAGAGAUUUCACAUCUUGGCCAAGUGAACAUGCUUGCAACUCAUGACUGUCGGUCCAGAAGCAUGUUUGACCCUUCAACACCACGCCAUUAUGAUGCUGCAGAAGAGUAUGAUGAUAAUGAAGACGAAUCAAUGGCUGAAGGCGAGGAAUUUAGAAAGUUUGGUGCUGCGGAUACCUUCAAGAUUCCUGAUGAGGUUGAUAUUUCUCAACUUAGUUAGACAAUUAACCAUUUUCAUUGUUGAUUCUAUGCAUUCUUCCUCCGGUCUCUGAAUUUUUUUUAUUGCCACUUUCAUAAAGAACAAGCUAGCAGCAACUGGUAUAGAUUGGUACCCGUCUUUAUUCUUUUCUUUUUUUUUUGGUCGUUCACGCUCAAUGGCUGAGAUUAUGUAUCUGGAUUUAUAGCAACGCGAUUUCUCCCUUCUAUUUCAA